UGUGGGCCAAGUAGGGUGAGAGGUUCAGGGCCUAGCCUCAAAGUGAUCUAAAAUGUCUGGUGGGUUGUGCAACCCGGUUGUGGUCCGCCUUCACGCCUGCGUACAACAUUCCAAUUCCUGUGAAUUUUCAUCAACUCGGCACGAUCCGCGUACUCAUUCCACAUCAAACGGUGCAGUGAAAACGGUGCUCGAUCUCUUGUGCUCCAUUCAUAUCGUCUUUGCCCAAAGUAAAAGAAAAGCAAUCCAAGAUGCCGUUCAAGAGUAUUAAGGCACGCCAGAUCUUCGACUCGCGCGGUAACCCCACCGUCGAGGUUGACCUGGUGACCGAUCUCGGUCUGUUCCGUGCUGCCGUCCCGUCCGGAGCCUCCACCGGUGUCCACGAGGCGCUGGAGCUGCGCGACAACGAGAAGGCCAACUGGCAUGGCAAGGGUGUCCUGAAGGCGGUUGAGAACAUCAACAAGACCAUCGCCCCGGCUGUGUUGGCUUCCAACCUUUGCGUUACGCAGCAGAAGGAGCUCGACGAGCUGAUGCUGAAGCUUGACGGAACUGAGAACAAGUCGAAGCUCGGUGCCAACGCUAUUCUGGGCGUUUCGCUGGCCAUCUGCAAGGCCGGCGCCGCCAAGAAGGGUGUCCCGCUGUACAAACACAUUGCCGAUCUGGCCGGCAAUGCCAACAUCAUCCUGCCGGUGCCGGCGUUCAACGUCAUCAACGGUGGUAGCCACGCCGGCAACAAGCUGGCCAUGCAGGAGUUCAUGAUCCUGCCGACCGGUGCGUCGUCCUUUACCGAGGCGAUGAAGAUCGGUAGCGAGGUGUACCACCAUCUGAAGAACGUGAUCAAGGCCAAGUUCGGUCUGGACGCGACCGCCGUCGGUGAUGAGGGUGGUUUCGCGCCCAACAUCCUUGAGAACAAGGAAGCGCUGAACCUGAUCCAGGACGCCAUUGCCAAGGCCGGCUACACGGGCAAGGUCGAAAUCGGUAUGGACGUCGCUGCGUCCGAGUUCCACAAGGAGGGCAAGUACGAUCUGGACUUCAAGAACCCGAAAUCGGACCCGAGCGCCUGGUUGGCUCCCGACGCGCUGGAGCAGCUGUACCAGGGCUUCAUCAAGGACUUCCCGAUCGUCAGUAUUGAGGAUCCCUUCGACCAGGAUCAUUGGGAUGCGUGGAGCAAGAUCACUGCCAACACCACGAUCCAGAUCGUCGGUGAUGAUUUGACCGUUACCAACCCGAAGCGCAUUGCUACCGCGGUCGAGAAGAAGGCUUGCAACUGUUUGCUGCUGAAGGUCAACCAGAUCGGUUCGGUGACGGAAUCGAUCAAUGCGCAUCUGCUGGCAAAGAAGAACGGUUGGGGCACCAUGGUUUCGCAUCGUUCCGGUGAGACCGAGGAUACGUUCAUUGCCGAUCUGGUGGUGGGAUUGAGCACCGGUCAGAUCAAGACCGGCGCACCGUGCCGAUCGGAGCGUUUGGCUAAGUACAACCAAAUUCUGCGCAUCGAGGAGGAGCUCGGUGCCGGCGCGAAGUACGCCGGAAAGAGCUUCCGUAAACCGCAGUAAGGAAGCGGGGGUUCCCUCCCGUCCUUCAAGCCGGUUCCACUCGCUGGUGGCGAACAUGAUCAAGACCCACUAAUAUAGGCUCUGAACGCCCACAGCACCUCAUUCAACCCCCUAACCUCGAUAUAUUUAUCGUCAUGAAGCUCUAAUUGCGCCACAAGCAGCAUACAUUGUAAGGCUUAAACUUAUUGAAUGUUAAUAAUUGUUAAAUGAAAGUGUGACAGCCACGUUUGUCAAUGCAUUACUGAAAGUACAUGAUCCAUUCGAUAAUACACGGAAAGCAUGGUAGGAAUAA